CCAAGCCUUGAUGCUGAGUGCCAAGCAGGGAAGAAUGCUGGUAUGAGCUUUUAAACAUAACCCGUUAACUGCUGCCAAUCAAAUGGUGAAUAAGAUACUCUUUAUGUUUGUAAAUGUGACUGUGAUGAAGUCAGUGCCUCACCAGCCAUCAACCUCACCGCACCUCACUGCUUGCUACAUUGUUGUUGUGUUGUUGUUACAUUGUUGUUACAUUGUGGCUUUGGGAACGUGAUGAUGUUGUCUAACUAGUGUGUUGUUUUCAUGUCUGAUGCGUUAACAUGCAGCAGUUUUCAUGUCCCAAACACUGAAUGAUUCACAUUCCUUUCCUCACAACAAGUGUUAUUCUUCUGCUCACCUGUGUAGAACUGGUUCAUGUUUGUGUGUAGAACUGGUUCAUGUUUGUGUGCAGAACGUGGAACAUGGCAGGUUCAUGUUUCUUCUUCAUGCAUCUAAUCAUCAUGUGAGCGCUAUAAAGCCACAAGUGGCAACAUGCUGGCCAAGCAAGCAGAAGGACAUCCACAUCAGCCAUGGACAGAAUGAUUCUCUUCCUGUCAUGUGUGUGUGUGGGCGUGGUCUCCUCUCAGCCAAUCACAGACAGCCAGCGUCUUUUCUCCAUCGCUGUGAGCCGAGUGCAACACCUCCACCUGCUGGCCCAGAGACUCUUCUCCGACUUUGAGAGUUCUCUUCAGAUGGAGGAACAACGUCAACUCAACAAGAUCUUCCUGCAGGACUUCUGCAACUCGGACUACAUCAUCAGUCCUAUCGACAAGCACGAAACACAACGCAGCUCGGUCUUGAAGCUGCUGUCCAUCUCCUAUCGAUUGGUGGAAUCCUGGGAAUUUCCCAGCCGCUCCCUCUCUGCUGCUCCUGCUCCCAGAAAUCAGAUCUCUUCCAAACUUUCAGAACUGAAGAUGGGAAUCCUCCUGCUGAUCAGGGCCAAUCAGGAUGGAGCUGAGAUGUCGGCUGACAGCGCCACCCUCCAACUGGCGCCCUAUGGCAAUUACUACCAAAGUGCGGGGGAUGACGAGUCCUUGCGACGGAUGUACGAGCUGCUGGCGUGCUUCAAGAAGGACAUGCACAAGGUAGCGCCUGGUGAACAAUCAAUGUCUGCCACACCUUUAUGGACCUUUAGUUUUGUGUCUGCAGGUGGAGACUUACCUGACUGUGGCCAAAUGUCGACUCUCACCAGAGGCCAACUGCACCCUGUAGCCCUGACAUCUGCAGCUAGCAUUAGCAUGUGUGAUGUUUGUGUCAUGUGGACUGGUCACCCAGUGAAAUAAAGUU